GAGAUCCGUAAAGAUGGAGUAAGAGGCGAUCACACAAGGUCCGAACGUUAAAUUCGUUUCUAAAUACAACUCAAUGUCAAUAUACUAUGGCCCUAAUAGUAACGACAAACUGAAAUAACAUCAUGUACCAGCCACCACCGCAUCCGAAUUUGCCAUAUGGAGCGCCACCAUUCCCCCAGGCACCUAUCCAGCGCCCGCAAGCCGGUCAGCCCCCUCGCCAGCAGGCCAUCCCCGGCCCCGCUCCUAUACAGCAGCAGACUGCCACCACCCUCCAGGGGCAGACUACCCUCCCGCCCAUCACCGCAGGCGGGCCACCCGGUCCACCUGCCCCUGCUGCUCCUCCAGGGGGGCCAGGGGGCCCUCAGCCUCCCCGGUCUGACCUGGUGGCCCUGCCGUCCAGGCCGGGGUUCGGAGAGGACGGUCGUCCCAUCGUGCUGAGGGCUAAUCACUUCCAGGUCAAGAUACCGUCGAUUGAAAUCUUUCAUUAUGACGUCACCAUCACUCCUGAUAAAUGCCCUCGUAGGGUGAAUAGGGAUGUGAUUGACACAUUGGUGAAUGCAUACAAGGCCAGAUACUUCCAGAACAAUCUUCCAGUGUUUGACGGGAGGAGGAACAUGUACACCAAGGAGCAGCUACCUCUUGAAAAUGAAAGGGUUGAACUUGAAGCUACAUUGCCUGGCGAGGGGAAGGACAGGGUUUUCAAGACUCAGAUCCGAUACGUCGGGAAAGUGAGUCUGUCCCUGCUGGAGUCUGCGCUGAAGGGAGAGGUCGAGCACAUGCCAUACGAUGCAAUACAAGCGUUGGAUGUUAUCAUGAGACAUCUCCCAUCAAUGAGGUAUACUCCGGUAGGGCGAUCUUUCUUCUCGCCCCCAGAGGAAUACUUCCAUCCCCUCGGUGGCGGUAGAGAGGUGUGGUUUGGAUUCCAUCAGAGUGUCAGGCCCUCCAUGUGGAAAAUGAUGCUCAACAUAGAUGUAUCGGCGACUGCAUUUUACAAUGCUCAGUCCGUCAUAGACUUCCUGUGUGAGGUCUUGGAUAUCCAGAACAUCUCAGAACAACGGCGCCCUCUAUCGGACUCGCAGAGGGUAAAGUUCACCAAAGAGAUCAAAGGUUCUUUUUCGCUUCCAGGCCUAAAAAUUGAAAUAACGCACUGUGGAAACAUGAGGCGGAAAUAUAGAGUGUGCAAUGUGACCAAGAGACCUGCUCAAACCCAAACAUUCCCUUGGCAGCUUGAGAAUGGGCAGACUGUGGAGUGUACAGUGGCCAAAUACUUCAAAGAAAGGCAUAACAGAAUCUUGCAAUACCCUCAUCUCCCCUGUCUGCAGGUUGGACAGGAGCAGCGCCACACCUACCUACCUCUGGAGGUUUGCAACAUCGUUGCUGGGCAGCGCUGUAUCAAGAAACUGACGGAUAUGCAGACCUCCACAAUGAUCAAGGCCACUGCAAGGUCUGCCCCUGAUCGAGAAAAGGAGAUCAAGAAUUUGGUGCAUAAAGCCAACUUCAACAAUGACCGCUACGUCCGACAGUUUGGUCUGAGUAUCAGUAAUGACAUGGUCACCAUAGAGGGCAGAGUUCUACCCGCUCCGAAGAUCCAGUACGGCGGAAAGAUGUCGCAGCAAAACAAGACUCAGGCAAUCCCUGCCCAAGGGGUAUGGGACAUGAGAGGCAAGCAGUUCCAUACUGGUGUCGAGAUCCGAGUCUGGGCCAUCGCCUGCUUCGCACCACAGCACCAGUGUAGGGAAGAAGCUCUCAGGACGUUCACAGCACAGCUCCAGAAGAUCUCCAACGAUGCGGGGAUGCCCAUCAUGGGACAGCCGUGCUUCUGCAAGUACGCCGUGGGCGCCGAUCAGGUGGAACCCAUGUUCAGGCACCUCAAGUCAACGUACAAAGGACUGCAGCUGAUCGUGGUGGUGCUGCCUGGUAAAACCCCUGUCUAUGCUGAAGUGAAGCGAGUUGGUGACACUCUGCUGGGUAUAGCCACACAGUGUGUACAAGUCAAGAAUGUGAACAGAACCACGGCACAAACCCUCUCCAAUCUCUGCCUCAAGAUCAACGUCAAACUGGGUGGUAUCAACAAUAUCCUGGUUCCCAAUAUAAGACCUCGUGUCUUUGCUGAGCCGGUCAUCUUCCUUGGAGCAGAUGUCACUCACCCGCCGGCCGGAGAUGACAAGAAACCUUCCAUUGCUGCCGUUGUGGGUAGUAUGGACGGCCAUCCAAGCCGUUAUUGUGCCAGUGUGCGAGUCCAGAAUCACCGGGUGGAGAUCAUCCAGGACCUGAUGGGAAUGGUCAGGGAACUCCUGAUGGAAUUCUAUCGGUCAACCAGAUUUAAACCGGCCAGGAUCAUCAUGUACAGGGAUGGGGUCAGCGAAGGACAAUUCUUACAGGUGCUAGCUCAAGAGAUGACCGCAAUCCGUAAUGCCUGCCGCUCCUUGGAAGACUUCUAUGAGCCUGGUAUCACGUUCAUUGUGGUUCAGAAGAGACAUCAUACCAGACUCUUCUGUGCUGAGAGAAGAGAACAGAUUGGAAGGAGUGGUAACAUCCCAGCAGGUACUACAGUAGACAGCGGCAUCACCCAUCCUCUUGAGUUUGAUUUCUUCCUCUGCAGUCACGCCGGUAUACAGGGCACCAGUCGACCCUCUCACUACCACGUCCUCUGGGACGACAACCGCUUCAAGGCUGACGAACUCCAGUGUCUAACCUACCAGCUGUGCCACACCUACGUACGCUGCACCCGUAGCGUGUCCAUCCCCGCCCCCGCCUACUACGCCCACCUGGUGGCCUUCCGUGCCAGAUACCAUCUGGUAGAGAAGGACCACGAUAGAUACGACCAUGACAGCCAUCAGUCAGGCACAAAUAGCAAUGGUGGUGAUGGUAGCAGCCACCACGGGGCCAGCAGCUACGGGCGGAGCUUUGAGGACAUGAUACGGGCCGUCAAAGUGCACGAUGACACCCUCAAGGUCAUGUACUUUGCAUGAGAGGUCAGGGGUCAUUCCUUUAUGCUGCAUGGUAAGCCGGGUAUGGAGGUGGAGGAGACAUCUUGAAAAUAAAAUAAACCAUCGUCAAAUCAGAAGGUUUUGGUAGUUUUUUCUGUGAAUAUUUCAGAGCUACAGUAGACACAUUGACGAUAUUUCGCUUCUUUUUUUACCUCCAAACUAAAAAAGAGAACGCUGUGAGCCUCUUCAUCUUCAUCUUCAUAUAGAACGUGCAGGGUUCAAAGGUCAUCCUGAAUGACCUGUGUUCGCUUAGGGUCAGAAAUUGUGAUGUGGUACAGUAAUACCAGGUAAAUUGUCUAAUGACGGGUCAGAUUUUACCACCAAUGUAGAGGAAUUUUGCACCUUGAUUAAAUGAUUAAAAUAACAUUCAGUCUAAAGAGAUAUUUGCUCUCAGUAUUGUUUCGACUAGGAUCAUUCUGUUUCAUGACCUGUAUUUUUAAAGGGCCACUCUAACCAAAACAGGCUUAAAAAAUGAAAAAAAGACAUGUAGAACAAUUUUUGACGGAGAUUCCGAACAUGAUAAUGAUUUUUCUCAGAAAUCAUCAAUAAUUCUGGAAUCUAGCUUUAAAAAUGACGUCUUAGAACGCUCAGAAAAAAGCCCAGUUUCGGUGAUGACGCAUAUGACAUCACUGCAGGUGCCUCUCCGGUGAAAAGGAGGGUGAUUUAAUAGGCAUUAAAAUGUCUUUGAAAAAGCAAACUACGAAAUUAAUUGAAGAAAAAAAAACAUUUAUCUGAAAUAUAAUAUGCACUUGAUACUCCCAGUAUGUUUCUGAUACUCCCAGUAUGUUUCUGGCAAUUUCGUCAUUCCUAAAUAUGAAAUUAUCAAAUCGGACAUGGUUGCAAUGACGUCAAAUGCGUCAUCAAGCCAUGUGACCGUAUUACCUUUUUUUCGAGGGGUGUAGCCCAGCAAGCGUGAGAACUGAAAAAUGGAUGGUUAUUAUCAUUUUUUUGCUACUGCCCAGAAGGUCAUCACUGUGACGAAAGAGGUAAAUUUAGAGAUUUUCUGAAAAAUCAGAGGCUGGAAUAUUAAUAAGUAGAGGUCUAUUCAUGUUUUGAAAGGCUAUGUUAGUUGGGUUAGAGUGGCCCUUUAAGUAUGAACACUACUUUUCUAUCCAGUUUGUGUUUUACACACAAAUAUUGGUAAUUCCUAGGUAUCUAAUGAGCGGUAGCUUUUUAUGUAUGGAUUUCAAGCGUCAUGCUGCAUUUAUAGUCGGACAAAUUUCGAGAUUUUAAUGUCUCAUUUUAAUCGUUUAAUGUUAUACAUUGAUGGUUGAAGGACACAUGCUUCAUGAGCAAUCAAUCUGGAGUCUAUUUCUAAGACUAAUCCAAAUCCUAACUUCAACGCUGGAUCCAACACUAUACCUAACACUAAUCCUUAUCUCAAUCCUAACCUAAGAUUUGAAUACAACCUAAGCCAUAAACCAUUAUCUCUUGAUAAAAUAAAGCCUAGAGCAAACGUCUGAUCACUGCAAUGAUCCGCGGGAGCAUGAGCUGCGCUCUGGGAUGCUGGAUGGUGAUGGUGAUGGUGAUGGUGAUGGUGAUGGUGAUGGUGAUGGUGAUGGUGAUUUCAAGAAAAGAUGGUUAUUUUUAUCUGAGGUAGUGUGAGCAUUAAAGAGAGAGAAAACAGUUAGAGUUACUUGAUUUAUUUAUUUCAACCAGUCUAUUCUAAACAGCUGAUGGCUGCAUCAGUAGAUAAAGAAAUGAUUUGUAAAUACAUGUUUUUAAUCGUGAUCCUCGUGUGACCUUCUUUGAAUAUUAGACGUAGAGAGUAAAGCACAAAUUUUUAUAUGUAUUUUCCAUGGUAUAGAUAAUUUAUUUGAUUAUAUACAUGUAUGUGCAUCUUUUGGAGAAAACUACAUAUCAAUCGCUAUUUUUUAGAAAGCUUGAAGUCGUAUAUAAGAGUUUGUAAGUGUAUAUUGUGCCAUUGAGUGCUUAUGAAUAACUUAGAAUGCGCGAGUGUGUACUAGAAACAAGUAAGCAGGGGCCAGCGUAGAUAGAGUCUUUUAGAAUCUCUUUGUCAUGAUGUCAUGUGAUCAUCAUGUGAUCAUUCAGAUCACCUGAUACAUGUACAUGUGAUCCAACCUCUGUUGAUGUACUUGCCAUUGUUGACCUUAUGACUUCUUUAUUUUUAAGAAAUUUGUUGUUACUGUAAAAGAAACCCUUACAGAAAAGUGAGAAAAUGACUCAGUUUUAACAUUGCAGAAACCUUCUUAUCUGCUGCAUUUUUAACUCAACUGAAUAACGAAUGCAAUAUUUGUAUUGACAGUACCACAAGCUUACAAUGUAUGUGUUAACCCAUAGCUACGUGAACUGGGUCGUCCCUGUGUUAAGUCUAUUGGGAACGAGAAAAAUCAGUGGUGCUGUGGAUGUUUAGAAAAUAUUAUGCGGGGAAUGUAUGUACACGGCAGAAAACACAUGGAACUCCUCUGCUAAUCAUGGCCUAAAACAGACAUAAACUGAUGUAGAUCCUUGUCAUGGGAAGGUCAUCGGUAAGCUUGUUUGACACGUUGAUGAAAAAGAAAUUUAAAGUUAUUGUCAUUCACCAAAUUUAGAGAAGAGAAAUGGAAACUUUAUAAAGUAGAUACCUGUAUGUAGUCGCUUAAUUCAAAAGGAUAAGAAUGGUUUGAAGAAAAAAGAUGUGGAUAUUGUGGAAGAGAGAGAGAGGGAGAGAGAUGUGCGGUGAUGAGAAUGCCUUGAUUUCUUUUUUAAAGAAAGAUUGUUUUUGUUAUAUUUAUUUUUAAGAUUUUAGAGUCAAAGACUUGGAAUAUUUGAUGGGAUAUGAAUAUUCAUAUGAGUAAUCUAAGCUUACUUUUGUAUAAGGACCAUAAAUGGAGCCCCUUUCUACGCAAUUUAAAUACCGGUAUUAAAGAUUAAAGUUGAGUGCAAUAUCAAAUGUAAUAUGAAAUAGGUCUACCGGUAUCUGUGUCAGUUAACCAAUAUUUAUUGUUUAAGUUUCCCAAGCUCUUCUGAUACAUGUACGUAUUAAAGAUAAAGGUUUUUUUUUUUUUUUUUUUUUUUGGAUUUGAAAUAUGAAACGUGUACUUGUACAAGCAUUUGCUAAUGUGCAUGUUUCAUUUCAUAACAAGUAAACACUUACUUAGUAAAUUACAUUUAAUUUACCAAGAACGUUUGUAGUUUGUUAAAGCAUAAAAUCAUCAGUUUUUAUGUGUAUUCUGUUAGCAUACAAAAUGACAGCUCAGUUCCUUGCCAAUUUGAACAAAUAUAUAUGAUUUUCCUCAAAAUAUUCAUUUAUGUGAAUAUAAUUUUUUUCAUGUGAAGUUGCCAAUUUAGGUAAGAUAUAAAUGAUAUUAUAACUUGUCACCUUUCAGUAUAUGGGAAUUCGGUAUGUUGUGCAAAGUGUUGUAACUUUUAUUGUAUAAGUGCAUUGUUAAUAACUAUUAGUCCCGUACCCUAAUUAUUGUAACAUGUUCGUCUAUUGAAAGUGGUGAAUUUUCUUGUUGAGUACUAUGGACAUUUUGUACAUGAUCUUGUUCAUGGCAGAAUUUUUUGAUGUAGAAGUAAUUUAUGUUUGUUAAAUUUUAUAGAAAAUAUUCAUGAAUGCAAUUAUAUUAACAACAACAUUUUUAAAAAGAAAUAAUAUAAAGAAAAAUAUUACAUGCCAGACUUCCAUUCAUAACAUUUUCAGUAACGUAGGCCAUUUAUAUCGCCCAAAUUUCAAUAUUGUGUCAAAUAUUCUUAGACAAAGCAAAGCUUUUCUUCUUAAAUUUCAAAAUUGAGUGAAUUGUGAACUUAAUUAUCAUAGAUCGCAAUCAUGAUAAACAAAGAAAAAGGGGAUGUUUAUUAAGAUUCCAUCUUGCAAAAUUUAUGAUACAUGUUUAGAGCACUUCGUCUUGGUAGCACUCUAAAGCCUUAUGCACAUAAAACAUAAUAGCUGUUUUGGGCUUCCAGCCCUUAGAAGCUUAAGAGAGUGUGUGUUCUAGCACUGUAGUCAAUGUGAUGAUAAAAACAACUUGCUCAUAAAGAAAAGAAAGGCCAUUGAAAUAUAUGUUCUAGCCGUUUACGCUUGUUUGGUUCAAAAUUGUUACUUAGAUAUUGAAACUUUGUAUGAAAAUUUGUUUGAAUGUUGAUAAGCUUUUUAUUAACAGUGAGCAAAAGAUUUCAUGAAGUUGAGCUUUUUGAUAUAACAAAAUACACUGGAAAUAUGCAGGAAAAAAAAGAGAAUUGUACAAAAAGUGUUAGGAGUUUCUAAAGGAGUGUGCCUGACAUUAAAAAUUCACAUUUCACAAUACGCCUCACUUAUCAGAGUGUGAAAUAUGAACUUUUGUUUUUACCGAGUAGAAUUGGGUACGAAACAGUAACCUCACUGAAAUAUCAUCAGAUGGUGCCAGAAUGCUAUGCCUUUUUUUAGAGAAAGAUGUGAAGCUAUGUGGUCUUGAUGGUUUUGAUUUUACAAAGGUGAAGAACGAUCAACAUAGUCAUGUUUUCUUUUUCUUGUGUACAUGUAUGCUUGUACCAGCUUGUGUUUUUCCAUGGUCAGAUGGAAUUAGAUGCUAUUGGUUAAAGUUCAUGGCAGAAAUAAAAUUAUGGAAUGAUACUCUAGUCAUUUGGGGGCUAAAAAUUCUGACUAUAUUCAAAUAUUGCAGGUUUUUUCUCGAUUCCUCAAUUAGGGAUUGUCAUAUCUUGAAGUUUAUUCAUAAUCAUAAUGAAUAAAUUGCACAAUAUUUUGUAGGUGAAAUUUCCUGUUUAAUUUAGGAGAGGGGUAUGCUGUGUGAAGAAGCUACAUUAUGUUGCUGCACUUUUAAACAGAUUACUGUUCAGAUGAAGUAAGAAAAAAUUAAGAAAAACAAAAAAUGUUGAAAAUCAGGCAUAAUACUGAUGCACAAUUUGGCCAGUGACAUUAUCAUACAAAAAUAAAUGUAAUUGAUAUAUGUCAUCUUUUUUCUCAGCCAAUACAUAUCAUUUGAUAUAGACCUAUCUUUUUAUACCAAAUUUGAAUGAUUGGAGCUUUUUUUUAAUAACGGUAAUAUGCAAUAUUGAAGCUAUUUCAAGCCAAAAACCCUUGUGUAUUGUAAGAAAUAAAUUAUCAUCACUUACCAUAGUUUUUUUUCUUUACAGUGAUGUAUUUUGCCAGUCACUAAAUGUCACUUUUAUAUCACUUUUGUAGCAAUACGUAAUGCGAUGCUGCUUUAUAUAUGCUUCAUAACCAUUCUGUAUAUCAGUAGAUUGAUCCCAAUACUAUGGUAAAACAGAUAUGUAAUAUUUGUACGAUACUACAUUGUCAAUGGACCUACACACGGCAUACAAGCUUCCAUUAUUCUCUUGUUAUGUAUAUCAUGAAACAAGACUUGUAUAUUCGUCUAAACUUCAGGAAAUGUGUAUCAGUGGCAUUCGUGUUUUGGCAUACACUUUUAUGCACGUUUGAUAAUAUUCCUACUUGAGGUUUAUCUCCAAAUUAUUAAAGUACAUGUACAUGGUUAACUCGUAAGUGUAACACUGCCAGGGUGAUUUAGGUAUGGAAAGGUUAAAAGAAGAUUCUGUUUUUCAGUAUAGUCCAGAAUCUGGCCGCUUUGAUUUUAACAAGACAAGAGCUCCAUGAACGCAACUCCAAUCUCCUCUACUUGCUGCCAGCCGAAAAUGGCAGGAGCCCCAAAUAAGUACACCUGGCAAACAUUUAGGCUGGGUGUACCGUCAAAGCGUACAAAUUCACGGAUCACGCCUUCGUUGGCUUGCAGAGAUCGCUUUUGCGAAAUAAAUUAACAUCUGCCAGAUUCUGGACUAUUAUCAGUAGUGAUCACUUGUCAUCUGUGUUGGUUUAUCUUGGUCUAUUUUAUGUAGCGAUCGAUUGAUAUAGAUUACCCCAAAUGAAAACGAGAUCAAGAUUAUUAUUCAUAAUUGUCACCACAUGAACCGACCAUGGAUUGUAAAGCUAGAGCAGUCAUACCAACCCAUACCCUUUGUAAGGGCUGACCACUUACUCUAAGAAUUAAGAUGAUGUUUUUACGAGUAAAGUUCUCCAAUGCAUCCUUUCACUUUCUCUGUGUUAACGCACCAACAGCAAAAUAAUGAAUUAUAUAACACGGGGUACAUUAUUGAAAUGCAUAUAUGGUGUGACCCUGAAAACUUCAGUAUUGAAAUUACUAGCAUACCUUCAUUUUGUAUCCACUACAUAUCUUUUUAAUUUGUGAAUUUUGCAAUGAAGAUGGGCAAGUGGCAUCAUGAGUUAGAGGGGGAUAUAUACCACAUUGAGAACAAUAAUGGAAAUGAUGGCAGAUGAAAAUUAGCUGUUUGGAACCAGAAGGACAUUAACUCUCUAAUGUUAUGAGUUAAAGACCCUUCUGCCUCCAAACAGACCAAAGAAGCACUACUUUGAAUCAGAAACAUUUGUACAAAACAAUACAAAUCAGCAUUUUUUGUUGGUGGUACUAAUUGGCCAUUCUGAGGAUAUUUCUUAUGCUGACUUUUUUUGUUGGUUGUAUCUAUGAUUAUUAUGAUGUUUGUUUUGUACCCAUUUGAGUGGCUUCUUACCCCGUGUGUUGUAAACUCUAUGCUGUGAAACAUGAUUAUAUUAUUACUACAGUGUAUAUGGCAAUAUAGAAUAGUACUUGCCUGUAAGUCACUCUGCAUUUAUGAAAGAAUAAAAUAUACAUUAUUCGUCCACAAAAAA